AUGGCUCCGAUCGCUCGUGGCGCUGUGCUCCUGCUCGUGGCCCUGUCGCUGGCCACGUCCGUCUCUGCCGUCAUCAGUCCCUUCUGGGGUGGAGCGCAGCCCCUUGAGCCGGUGGCGAAGGCGCUGAUCGCCGUGUGGAACAAGGCGGCCAAGGCAAAGCCCGCGCUGCUGGUGGGGCCCUACGAUCCCUCAGGCUCUAGCAACGGUAUCAAGGGUUUCUACAACGGUACCUACCUCAUUGGCGCCGCCUCCGAGCCCAUCACCGCCACCGUGGAAGGCCAGAAUUCCGGUGUUGCGAAAAUCACUCUUCCCGUCGCCGUGGCCGCGUACAACUUCUUCGUCCACGGGAAGAGCAUUGUUCUCAGCGUGGCCGACACUCACAAAAUUUACAGCGGCGACGUUUCUGAUUGGAGCGGUAUUCCCGCCGCGAAGGGCAAGAUUGCCGGCCCCAUUUACCGCUAUGCGCGCUCCGAUAAGGUCGGCACUACGGCCAUCAUCCAGCAACUGUGGGCCAAGGCGGGCACGGGCUACACCGGCAAGACUGACGGCUCGCCGCUUACUUUCGGGGGUCUCCUGACGGUGGCGUCGAACGCCGCGAUGUGCAACGCGGUGGUGGCGAAGGUGGGCGCGAUCGGGUACGCGCACGUGAGCGCGUGCUCGGCGCAGGUGAAGAAGUUCAGCACCAAGAUCGCCGAGGUGGCUCUCAAGAACGCGCUCGGGCAGGCGCUCACGUCCAAGACCUGGGUCGCGACGAACGCGCUCAACGGCGCUACCCGCCCCGCGCCAGACGCUUCGUGGGACCAGGUGGAUCUGAUCUGGAAGUCGAUCGCCAAGGCGCCCGCCGCUGUCUCCAUGCAAUAUGUGUUUGUGAAGAAGGUUCUGCCCAAGAAUGGCGGCGCCGUCGCGAAGCAGUUUCUCGUGAGCUCGCUCGCCAAGUUCAAGGGCUCGGCUGUCGCGAAUGGGUUCAACUUUGUGCCGCCCGCUUGGUUCACCCCGUCCGCUAACGCUGUCAAGGCCGUCACCGUGUCAACCUCUUAG